AUGAACCUGAUAAGGCUGGCCAUCGACCGGCCGAUCGCGGUCGUCGCCGCGAUCCUGAUGGUGGUCAUGUUCGGUCUCGUCGCGCUGCAGACGAUCCCGAUUCAGCUCACGCCCGAUGUCCGAAAGCCGGUCCUCACCGUCGAAACCUUCUGGCCCGGCGCGGCGCCAGCCGAGGUCGAGCGCGAGAUCAUCACGCAGCAGGAGGAGGUGUUCAAAGGCCUCGAGGGGCUGAGCCGCAUGAUCGGAUCGGCCGACGACGGUGUUGGCGAGAUCGAGCUGGAGUUCGCCGUCGGGACCGAUAUGGACAAGUCGCUCGUGCUGGUGGCCAACCGAUUGGAUCGGGUGCCCGACAAGCCGAGCGACGCCGCCGAGCCGAUCAUCAGCUCGGCCGGCUCGGAGGACCAGCCGAUCGCCUGGUUCAUCCUCUCCCGCAAACCCGGCAACGAGCGCCCGAUCCACACCUACGGCGAUUUUGUGGAGGACGUGAUCCAGGAGCGCCUCGAGCGGGUGCCGGGGGUGGCGCGGGUGAAUAUGUUCGGCGGCACCACGCGGGAGCUUCGGAUCACGGUCGAUCCCGAGCGCAUGGCCCGCUACGGCCUCACCGUGAGCGAGAUCGCAGACGCGCUCAGGCGGUCGAACGCCUCGACCUCUGCCGGCGAUAUCGAGGAGGGGAAGCGCCGCUACGUGGUGCGCACCGACGGUGAGCUCAACACGCCCGAGCGGGUCGCCAGCGUCGUUCUGCGCUCCGACAGCGACCCUCUCUCGGGCCGGAUCGGCCGGGUCACCAUGGGCGAUAUCGCCACCAUCGCUUACCGCCACAAGGAGCCCAUCGCCCGCAUUCGCCAACUCGGCGAGCCGGCGCUGGCCGUCAACGCGGUGCGCGACGCCGGCGCCAACGUGAUCGAGACCAUGGCGAGCGUAAAGGAGGCCGUGGCGGAGCUGAACGCCGCGGCAAUUCCUCAGGCGGGACUCGUCUUCCAGCAAGUCUAUGACGAAACCGACUACAUCAAUUCCGCCAUCGAUCUGGUGCAGCAAAACAUUUUCGUCGGUGGCGCGCUGGCGGCGCUGAUUCUGAUGCUGUUCCUGCGCUCAUUCUCCGCCACCCUCAUCGUCUCGAUCGCGAUCCCGGUUUCGGUCGUGGGCUCAUUCGUUGCGAUGGCGCUUCUCGGGCGCUCGAUCAACGUGAUCUCUCUCGCGGGCCUCGCGUUUGCCGUCGGCAUGGUGGUGGACGCGGCGAUCGUCGUGCUGGAGAACAUUUACCGGCUCAGGCAGAGCGGCUACGGGCGGCUGCAGGCCGCCUACCACGGCGCGCGGCAGGUCUGGGGCGCGGUGUUCGUCUCGGCUGCGACCACGGUGCUCGUUUUCGUGCCGAUCCUGGUCAUGGAGCUCGAAGCCGGCCAGUUGUUCCGCGAUAUUGCCGUGGCCAUCUCGGUCUCGGUCGUCCUUUCGCUGAUUGUGGCGAGCACCGUGAUUCCCUCGCUCGCCAGCCGGAUCCUCGGGCGCAGACGCAGGGGCGAGCGUGGCGCCUCCGGUGCACAAGCCGUUACGGAGGAAGCGCCUUACCGGCUUCGCCUGCCGAUCAUCGACGAUGCUGCCGCGCUGCUCGUCCGCAUCAUCCUGGGCUUCACCGGCUGGGUUGUACGCCGCCGUCUGCGCGCCGCAGCAGUGGCGGUGGUGGUUUGCGGCGGUGCGCUCUUCGUCUCGUGGCUGCUGCUGCCCAGGCUCGACUAUCUGCCGACCGGCAACCGCAACCUGGUGUUCGGCGUCCUCCUGCCGCCGCCGGGCUACAAUCUCGAAACCACCAUGGGCAUCGCGCGCUCGGUCGAGGACGCUGUGCGUCCUCUCUGGGCAUCGGAGACCGGGCCUGAUGCGGCACCCGGCGAGCCGCCGAAGAUACAGCGCUUCUUCUUCGUGACCUUUCGCGAUCAGGCGUUCGUUGGCGCGAUUGCGGUCGAGCCUGACCGUGCCGGUGAGCUGAUCGACCCGAUCCGCCGACCGGUGUUCUUCGAGCCCGGCACCUUCGGCUUCGUGAGCCAGGCGUCGCUGUUCGGCCGCGGGAUCGGCGGCGGGCGCAAGAUCGACGUCGAUAUCUCUGGCCCGGACCUUGAGACCGUGCUCGGCAUCGCGCUUCAGGCGACCGGCCUCGUCGCGCAGGCCCUGCCCUUCGAUCAGGGCAACCAGUUCCGCCCCAAACCCGGCCUUGAACUUGGCGCCCCGGAGGUGCGCCUCCUCCCGGAUCCCAUCAAGCUCGGCGACAACGGGAUCUCCGUGCGCGAAUUCGGCGCCACGAUCGCGGCAUACAACGACGGGCUCAAGGUCGAUGAGGUGACCAUCGAUGCGAAGCGGUUCGACCUGGUGCUGGCGGGGCCGGACGCCAACGUCGACCGCACCCAGGGCAUCGAGAACCUGCCGGUGGUUACGAGGGCGGGCGCCACGAUACCGGCAAGCUCCCUCGCCGAUAUCGUGGUCACCGCAGGCCCGACGAAGAUCCGCCAUGUCGAGCGUGAGCGCACGAUCUCGCUGGAGAUCCGCCCCGCCGCGGACAUUCCCCUCGAGGUCGCGAUGGAGAGGCUGGAGACCGGCGUCAUUCAGGCGCUGGAGGGUCGCGGGCUGCCCCCGGGAGUGAAAAUCAGGCUCUCCGGCACCGCCGACGAUCUUGAGGCAACCUGGGAUGCGAUGGCGAUGAAUUUGGUGGUCGCCAUCGCGAUCGUCUACCUCAUCAUGGCCGUGCUGUUCGAGAGCUUCGUCUAUCCCUUCGUCAUCAUGCUCUCGGUGCCGCUCGCCGCCGCAGGCGGCGUCCUGGGGCUUGCGGCGGUCAACACCUAUGCGUUUCAGCCCCUCGAUAUGCUGACCCUCCUCGGCUUCGUCAUCCUGGUCGGCAUCGUCGUCAACAACGCCAUUCUGCUCGUCCAUCAGACCCUGUUUCACAUGCGGGAGGAGCAGAUGGCGGUUGCAGAUGCGAUCACGACGGCAACCAGGAACCGGAUCCGACCGAUCUUCAUGUCGACGCUCACCAGCGUGUUCGGGAUGUGCCGCUGGUGCUGUUCCCCGGCGCAGGGUCGGAGCUCUACCGCGGGCUCGGGUCCGUCGUAA